AUGUCAUCCCAGCGAAACAUGCUGCUCCUCAGCAUUUUAGGUCUGGUUUCUUGUGCCGUAGGUCUGAAAGUAUCUACUGGAUACCACAUUGUGCACAAUGAGCAGCCGCAAUCCCACUCUCAAUUUGGAUCCAACUAUCAUGGAUUUCGGUAUCUGCAAGGAUCAGCUCCAUAUUUAAUAGGAAAUGCAUUGCCUUUGGAUACUUCGCCGGCGCCACAAAACCCUUUCCUUCCAGUUUCGGGUCCUCAAGCUCCGAUGCCAGCACGGGUGCCAUGUGCUAAUCCUCCGGCGGUGUGUGAGAAAUCUGCCUAUCGAACGAUGGAUGGCUCCUGUAAUCAUCUGGAGCAACCAGGGCUGGGUGUGCCCAAUACUAAGUAUGGACGAUUGCUGAGUGCCAAAUACGCCGACGGAAUAUCGGCUCCUACCCGAUCUGUAACUGGGGAUGAGCUGCCCAGUGCACGUCUGGUAUCUCUGGUGGUGUUCGGCGAAAAGGAAGUUGCUGAUCCGGAAUACACGCUCCACAAUAUGCAGUGGGGACAGAUUAUGACACACGACAUGAGCAUGCAGGCGGGCGGAACUCAAUCUAAGAAACAUCCCACUCGCUGUUGUACCGAUGAUGGUCGUCUGAUAGGCUUGGACACUGCACAUAGAACCUGCUUUGCUAUCAUCGUGCCUCCGCAUGAUCCGGCUUACUCUCAAGUUGGUACGGAAUGUCUUAACUUUGUUCGCACGGUGACAGAUCGCGACUCCAACUGCCAGUAUUCGGGUGGACCGGCGGAGCAGCUAACUGUGGUCACCUCCUAUCUGGACCUUUCCCUAGUCUAUGGCAAUUCAAUGCAACAGAAUAGCGAAAUUCGUGAGUUCCAAGGAGGCCGCAUGAUUGUUGAGGAGCGCAAUGGAGCCAAGUGGUUGCCGUUAUCAAGAAACGUGACCGGCGACUGUGAUGCCGUUGAUCCCAACGAGGUCUGCUACAGAGCUGGGGAUGUACGUGUUAACCAGAAUCCCGGACUGGCCAUCUUGCAGACCGUGUUGCUCCGUGAGCACAACCGCAUUGCCGAUGUUCUCUCUGCACUAAAUCCUCACUUUGAUGAUCGCACGCUCUUCCAGGAAGCACGCAAGAUCAAUAUUGCUCAGUACCAGCAUAUAAGCUACUAUGAAUGGUUGCCAAUUUUCCUGGGAGGUGAGAAUAUGUUGAAGAACCGCCUGAUAUACAAGGCACCCGGAGGAAGCUAUGUGAAUGACUAUGACACAAAAAUUGAUCCGAGUGUUCUAAAUGAGCACGCUACAGCCGCAUUUAGAUACUUCCAUUCUCAAAUCGAGGGUAGAUUGGAUCUUCUAUCCGAACUACGUGCAGUUCUUGGCUCACUGACCCUUAGUGACUGGUUCAAUCGUCCUGGUAUUAUUGAAGUCGGCGAUAACUUUGAUUCCCUCACUAGAGGUCACGCCACACAACCAGAAGAAUUGACGGACAUAAACUUUGACAAGCAGAUUAAACAUUUCUUAUUUAGACGCAAUAUGCCAUUUGGUUCAGAUUUGCGAUCUUUGGAUAUUCAACGGAAUCGUGAUCAUGGACUUGCUUCCUAUAAUGAUAUGCGAGAAUUCUGCGGUCUAAGUCGAGCACAUUCUUGGGAGGGAUAUGGCGAUCUGAUCAGUCCGGAAACACUAGGCAAACUGAAGUCCCUCUAUGAUAGCCAUGAAGAUGUGGACCUAACAGUUGGUGCCUCAUUAGAGUCACAUGUUGCCGGUUCUUUGGCAGGUCCAACUUUCCUUUGCAUCCUUACGGAACAGUUUUACAGAACCCGUGUCGGUGAUCGUUUCUUCUUUGAAAAUGGCGACAAGCUUACUGGUUUUACUCCAGACCAAUUGGUGGAGCUACGUAAAGCAAGCAUGGCGCGUUUACUCUGCGAUAAUGGAAACAAUAUUGCUUCUAUGCAGCCUGCUGCUUUCAGAACGGUCUCGGGAUCGAACCCUGUGGUGCCAUGCUCCAACAUUCCGCAAGUUGACCUUACCAAGUGGAUUGAUCAAGCUCAACAUGCCCCCGCAGAUCAUUCGAUUCUGUUUGGAAAGAAAUGAUCAUUUUCAAGAUGUACACAUGCGGAUCUGUCAAUAACUAGUUCAAAAUAUAAUAACAUUUAGUAUAAUCAGUUUAACAAUUGUCAAAUAGAAUUCCAUGUAUUAUAUUGCCCAUUUUGAUGUACAUAAAAUCAUAAUCAGUAUAUAAGAAAA